AUGUUCUACAUUUCUGUUAUCAGGGCUUUAAUAGACUAUGCUGCUCCAGUCUUGUUUCGGUAUAGUCCAACACAGCUGAAACCCCUUGAGUACAUUCAGAAUGAGAGCAUGAGAGUAAUCUUAGGCUGCCCAAAGACUGCAAAGCUUGAAGUUCUCCGAGCAGAAUUGGACCUCCCCACCAUUGUUUGUCGAAUACAGGAAAUCACCUGCCGUGCACUGUGUCGGAUGGCAUGUAAUGGUACCAGCCAACCCUUGCGUUCCCUUGCCCACCUUCAUGCUAACCCCAGGGCCCCUGCUAACUCUUACUUGAGACAGCUUUUAACAUCACUAACCAAAUUUGAUGUCCUUGACUCCUACCUCAAUGUUGUUACCACCUCUGGUUCCCCCUCUUGGAGACCUCACAAAGUCAGUGUAGAUAUAGAAAAACUUGCUGCUCCUAAAUAUAACUGGUUCCCACAUGAACUUAAAGAUCUUUUUAUGCAUAAAUUGUCUAACUACUCAAGGGUGCAGGCUGUACAUGUUUACUGUGAUGGUUCAGUGGAUGGCAGCAAAUCUGGAUGUGGCCUGUUCAUCCGCAACUACACCUCUCCCUCUGAAUACACUGACACUGAAGUGUUUAAGAGGCUUCCUGACAACCUGUCCUCUACAAGGGCAGAACUAUAUGCCAUGCUAGAAGGUUUACAAAUUGUCCUUCCUUUGGGGAAAAAUGUUUACUUUUUUGUUGAUAGUCAGGGUGCCUUAUAUUCAUUGUUGUCUCCUUCCCCUGCUGAUUGUGAUCUCAUCAACAAAUGUCUUAGUGUCAUUGAUCUCUUGGAGAGAGAUAAUCUCAGAGUAUGUUUCACCUGGGUGCCUUCUCAUGUUGGUAUUUCCCAUAAUGAAAAAGCUGAUGUUCUUGCCCGUCACUCCCUUAUUGAGGACAUUGCUUACUGUCCUGUUGAACACACUUAUAAUAACAUCAAGGGUCAGCUUAAACGUCAUGUUUGCAGCACCAUUGCUCAUAACCUUGACACUUGUUAUGGGAAAGGCAGUCCCAGUUCAGUCCAUUAUGUACAUGUCUCCCACACCAACAGUGUCACCUAUGGCAGGAAGAGUGCCGCCCAUGACCUUGUUGCUAUGCGUCUCAGGCUGGGUUACAGGUACUAUUGGGAGGUCAGUGGGGCUGCUGCUGUGCCCUGGGAACUGGGACCUGCCACCAAUGAUAAGCUGGUUCUCCAACAAUGA